GUUGUCCAUCCUUGUUCGCAAUAACAUAAUCGACACAGACGUGAAAAAGAGCUGGUCCUGCUGAGCCAGAUAGACGCACGGGUUGAGGAUCUCUGCCUGCCCAAUCUACUGCGUGUCCGCCGCCAACGCGGCGCUCGCACCUCCUACACUACCCCAAGAUCAAUUAAGCCCUGGAUCUCGAACAAGUCUAUUCCACGAUUCGCAUCCUUUUGUCAUCCCCCCACACGCGGAACACUCUCCGGCUUCCACGACGAAUGAUGGGCGCUUCUCUGCGCUUCUUCGAAACCAUACAUGGCUCAUCCGGGAGCUGAUAACGGCCAUGUGGAAGCACUAUCGCGAAUCUGAUGCAACCAGGUCUACGCACAAGCUUCGGAAUUCCUGCUAUAUAUACUCGAUGCAAGGAGAGCGUAGUCCUCGCUGCUGCUUUUCCGGACCAUGUUCGGGCUCACCGUGUCGCUGACCGCUGCGCUCCUCGCCGCCCCCGUGUUGUCGAGCCACCCGGACCCAUGCGCUGCGAUCGCCGGGCAGGCCUUCGUCCUCCCCGCUGCUGCCCUGGCAUGCCUCAAGUCCUUCCCGUUCAACGAGACGCUGCGGCAGAACGUGCUCACGCAUAACAUUGCGCGGGUGUUCGACUUUUUCACCUUCGAGGACUACUACCUCAACUCGCCGCCUCCGUUCCAAGAGUCGACGACCAACAUCCGCGCGGACCUGGCCAGGAUCAACACCACCAAGUACGCAACCGACUACGACUUCAAUCUCGACCUGUACAACUUCAUCACGCAGCUGAACGACGGCCACACGCGCUGGUUCCCGUCCUGCUACACGAACUGGCAGAACAUCCUGCCCGCACCGGUCGUCUCGCUCGCGGUGAACGGCGUGCAGGGCGUGUACAUCGCGCCGGACCUGGUCGACUUCAUCGGCCUUCUCGGGACGGAGUUCGCCGGGUUGAUCUCCCACGUCGACUGGCAGCAGCUCGCCGGGGCGAGGGUGCUUGCCAUCGAGGGCCAGGAGCCGUACGCGUACAUCGACCACAUCGCGUCGACGGUCUCGGGAAACUACCUCGACCACGGCGUCCGCGUCAACUCGGUCCUCUCGUCCUAUCGUCUCACGGGCGCCGCCUAUUCUCAGCGACUGGGUGAUCUCGCCGGCCCGACGGGUGUCGCGCAGACUUCGCUCCAGUUCAAAGUCGUCCUCGCGAACUCGACCACGGUGAAGACAGUGUCUUUGCCCUACAUUGCCAGCUUCGCAGGCGUCGCCUUCACGGACAAAGCUUCGUACUGGACUAACAACUGCGCUGCGAACGCAAACACAAAUGGGGUGGACUUCAAGUCCUCAGGAUCGGCGCCGGCAGCGGCAACUCUCCGGGCCGACAAGCUAUCGCCAACGUUACCACGCCGCAAACUGGCCAUGGGCAACAUCAUCGACAAGUCGAGCAACAACGCCGUGGGCCUCCCCCCGCAGUUCCAGCCCGGGCUCCCCACCGUGGGCGGUGACCAGGGCGUCAUGAAGUCGUAUAUCCUGCCUGGAAACAAAACGGGUGUUAUGUUCAUCGGGUCCUUCGAGGGCGACUUUAAUGGUUUCCAGAACGACACUCAGUCGGCGAUCGCCGCAUUCGUCGCCGCGGGCGUGCGCAACCUGAUCAUCGACCUGCACGACAACGGCGGCGGCUUCGUCUGCCUUGGCCAGUUCCUGCACCAGUACCUCGCGGGCUCCGAGCUCGGGUAUCCCGGGUUCCAGAGCUCGCUGCGGGCGAACCCGCUUGCGCGCAAGAUCGUCGCGUCGGACAUCGCGCUGGGGUUGAACGAGAGCUUCAGCUUCUACACCGCGGACAACUGGGGCUUUUUCAACGACACGCAGAUGCCCGCGACACACGACUACAUGAGCCCCGAUGUGCCCAUCACCAUCAGCGGCAAGCAGGACUUCACCUCGCAGCGCUUCCACGAUACGUGCGACCUGACCUAUACGGUGCCCAUCCCGAAGUCACCACUCAUCCCGGUCAGCAACAUCGCCAUCGUGGGCAACGGGAACUGCGCCUCAACCUGUGCGAUGUUUACGACUCUGAUGCUCGAGCGGCAUAACACCAAGAUGGCCGUGUUCGGUGGCAAGCCCGGCGAAGCGGUCGAGUACAAAGGGAUGGCGGGAAACCAAGUGCUCGAAUGGUUCGACAUCGACAGCGAGAUCAAGACCGCGAAUCUCAAGGAUGAUCCGCUCGCACCUGCCGACCUCUUGAUCGACGGAAACUUCCGACACAACUGGCGCACUGCGUGGAGUUUCUUCAACGAGCAGCUGCCCAUCGCGUUCAAGUCUGAGCCGGCCAAGUUCCGAUUCCCGUACACUCUCGACACGUACAACAACCCGCUCAACCUGUGGCUAUUCACCGAAAAAACUCUCCUCUAGGACUAGGUCUAAUUCUUACUCGGAUGGGAUUCAAUACGGAGUCAGACACAUGUACAGGUUCCAAUACGACAUUAUUCAGAUGGUGUUGGCAUUGCAUAGAGAGUA